GUUCGUCACGCCAGCCAGGUUCUCCCCGAGACGGACGGCUUCUGUCUUCUGUCGCGCUUGUCCCACACGCGUCUCGCUCCUCAACCCUUUUACCUUACUCUCGUUCUGUUUGUGAUGUUCUAGCUGGUUCUGAACACAUCGGCCCGGUCCCACCUGCCAAUCAAUUAAGCUCUUUUUGUCGUCCGUCGCUGGUCAACCGGACUCGCUUUUAUCUCAGACAUUUCCAUCCCAAGUUACCGCCGCGGAGUGCUGCGUUAAACUGCGUUUUCGGUGUUUAUUUUAUUUUAUUUUUUUAACCAUUCAGCUGGAAAAAAAGUUUUCCUGCUGCAGGAUCUGAACUUCAGAAUCACGUGAAGUGCUGAAGAGAUCGGCCAAGUUGUCAACCAUGGAGGCCCGACUGAUGAACCAUCUAAAGAACAUGCUCCUCUUCAUCCUCCUCCUGUCCUCUGGUUCUUGUCAAAAUGAUCUUUUCCUGGAGUUUUGUGGCACCUGGCGCCAUGGCAGGAACCCGAUGAGCCUGAACAUCAACCUCUCCACAGGCUGCAGCGGCGUCUAUGUUUCAGCCAAUGAGAGCUCUCUGUCCGUCAUCGGGAAGAUCACAUCCCAGUGUACGAACUUCGAUGUGAUUCCUCUCAACAAAUAUGGACUCGAGUCAGAAGAGGACAGUGACUUCUGUCUGCACUGGCAGCCGCUGCUCGACCAGCUGACACUUCAGAUCGGAGGAGAAAACAUCAUUCUUUGCUCCCCUGCAAGUCCAGGAAACUCCUGCUGCACUGACCUGACUCAUGGCUCCAACGACCCUGAGGCUACUUAUGGGAUUGUAAAUGCGAAGAUCCGAAAUGAUUUAGUUACGGAUAAAACAGUGGCAGGCUACAACUUCGAGGGACGCCAUGCCAACUGCAAAUUAUUGUGUGAACAACAAGUAGACCGGUCCUCCUACAUGAUGAGAUAUCAGAACUCCGAACUUCCCUGCUCGAGAAAAUACGAACUUGACCUCGACAACAAAUCCAGUGGCUCCAGUUUCCAGUCAGAAAACACACCCUACGUCUUCAUCCCUCCUGACGUUAAACCAACUGCGAAAGUGAGCAAAGCGGCCAUCACUUUCCACAAGAACAACUCCGUGUUCCAGGAGGGGUACGAUGAGGUCCGGCUUCUCAACGAUGUGGUGGAAAUCACGGUGGAGAAUGAGAUCAUCACCGGUCUGUCUGACCCAAUAAAGAUUUGCUUUAAACAUGACGCCAUAGCUAAAAACCAUGCAAGGACGUGUGUUUCUUGGGACACUCGGAGAGAUCCCUGGCAGGUGAAGUGGGUGAGGGAUGGAUGUGAGACUCGAAUCAGAGGAGACGAAGACACGGAGUGCUUGUGUAACCAUCUGACGUACUUCACGGUGCUGGUGCAACUCCAGCCUCGACCGGUGCGCCACCUGCAGGCUCUCACCUGCAUUACAUCUGUGGGCUGUGCCGUGUCUUUCAUCAGCGCCGUCGCUCUCAUCGUCUUUUUCUGCAGGAAAAAGAAACGGUCCAAGGAGCAGUCCAUACCCAUCCAUCUGGGCCUCGCCGUGUCCCUGGCCUCCCUCAGCCUGCUCUUCUUCUUUACCGGGGUCCUGGCCAAUGUUGGAGGCGAGAGCGUGUGUAAGUGGGUGGGGGCCUUGCUCCACUACUCCCUGCUCAGCUCCUUUAUCUGGAUGGGUGUGGAAGUGUUCCACACCUUCUGGUUGGUCCACAUGGUGUUCAGACCCUCCCCAAAGACCUGUGUGUGGUACUUGGUGGGAUUUGGCGUCCCAGUUGUCCCAGUUGUUGUGCUGUCUGCAGUGGGAGGUGUUUACGGACUGACAGAGGUGGCUCCAGCUCAUGAUGUCUCCAAUCCGUACCUGAUGUGCUGGAUGAAGUGGCAGGACCACAAGGCCUUUCUGGCUCACUGCCUCACUAAUUUGACAACUCUGGCCAUCCUGGUGCUGUCGGGGAUGGUCAUGCUGUUCCUGGUCUACCGGGAGAUCCGCACCAGAGAUGAGUGGAAGCAGAACCGCGUGGCUUUUCUCAGCAUCUGGGGUCUCAGCUGCCUCUUCGGGACAACCUGGGGUCUGGCCUUCCUGGACUUUGGACCGCUAUCAGACGUCAUUCUCUUCCUGUCCUGCAUCCUAAACUCCUCACAAGGUUUCCUCCUGAUGUUGAGGUUCUGCAUGCUGGACUGGAUCCGGAAACAGGCUAGUGGCUCUGUUCUUGGCAGCACCAGCUCCGGAUCAACCAGACAGCACAUGCUGCAGACCAGCGAGAAGAGUUAACCAGACGCCUGCUGUCGGAAAAUUUCACUGCAUAUGCUAAAAGUGACUGGACCCAUGGUGGACGUGUGUGAGAUGAGCUCUCUCUGCUGUAAUCCUCACACCUGCUACACCAGGGUUCCCAAAACACACACACACAAUCAGCUACAGGCUGUCAGGUGGAGGUGGUGACACAUUUGGGUAUAAUCAGUAUAUUGGAUCCGUUUGCCUUUUAGCUUUUAUUGCAAGAGCAUUAAUAUUAUUUAUAUCAGUCUGUGUUGCUGUUUAGGAUGUGUUGUGUUCACUAGAGAUCCCAUGUGAUGAGAAACAAGAAAAAUGUUGAUUUGUGUUGAGUUUUAGCUACGGAUGACUCUCUCUGUCCCCGGAUGUGUGAGUAAGCUGAUCAGCCAUACGAUUAUAACCAGUCAGAACACACAAGAGAGUCCUGGAGUUUCUGGUGCUGUAGAUCCUGUCGUGUCCUGAGUUGUGAUGACCCACUGGGGUUUUGUCUCUAUGAAGACGGCGAGCGGGGUUCUGGUGUUGAAUGAAGCCAGGAUGUGGGAUAUCAGCGUUGUAGUGAGAUCAGCUGUUCUGAUUUUUCCUCUAGGCAGUAGAGCCGAUAAUCAGACUAGUUAUUCAGGUUUGAUUUUGGCUCUAAUUUAUCACAAAAAGAAUGAAAUUGAAGAAAGAACGAUUAUUAAAAUGAUUCCAUCACAUUCGACCUUCCAAGCAUGUUCUUGUUUUUAUUGGCAUACGAAUGACGCACCAUCAGCUUCUUAAGAAGCUAAACUUGUGCAUUUUAAAAAGUCAGAGUUUACGUAAACAUGGCAGAACAACAGCAAAACACACUGGCUGUGUGGUAGGGCAUUAACUCAAGGGAUGAAUGCUGUUUAAGGCUUUACCUGAGAAAACUGGUCUAUAUUUCUUUUUAGUUAUUCAAUAUUUACAUCUACACGAGUACAGAAUACUUUCUAUGUGCUCUGGGCAUUGCCUGACACUUUGAAGGGGUGCACCGUGAUGAUCAAAAAUAAGUUAGUGGUCAUAAUGUUUUGUCUGGUGAGUGUGAAAUGCAUUCAUGCUGUAGUCUUUCUUUGAGUUAAACUUUCAACUACGGAUGUUCCGAUCGCAUUGUUUCACUCCCGAUCCAAGUCUGAGUCAUUUGAUUUUGAGUGUCUGCCAAUACUGAGGCCAGAUCCGACACUUCAGCAAAGUAUUAAAAUAAGAAGAAAAAUUGAGAACAUAUCCAAGUUGUCCUCAUCAUCACUAUUGCUGUAUUUCUUUCUUUCUCUAUGCAUGCAUCUCAGUUUAUCUGCAAAAACAAAAUCACCUUUCAGGAAGUAGAUUGAUGAGAAACGUGUUAAUGUUAUGAAUAUUUUUUGAGCAGGCUCGUCACUCACGUUUCAAAUUGUUUACCUUUCUUAAUGUGCGGCUGUUUUGAGGCAAGCGCACGGCACCAUGACCAGCAGCAUGUCUUUGUUUAUUAACGUAUCUAGCUUCGUGUUUUGGUCCAUGUUUCCACAAUGAACUGGGACUGGUAAACUAGGCCUUAAUGGAAACAGGUGAUUCGCUUUGGUGGAGACUGAAGGGAGAAGCCGAAGGAGAAAGCUUUGCUUUAGCCUGCUAGCUAACAGCUACAUGUUAUGGUGUCUGAAUCCCCGCCUGCUCUAAACUGUGUGACUUAUUUAUUCAUUUUUUCAUCCAAGAAGCAAAGAAUAUCGAUGUAGAGGAACUUGUUGAAAUAAAACUAAGCCAUUGUUAUUCUGUUUUAACAUCUCUGUCUCAGGAUGAAUGUAAAAAGUCGUGUUUGUUGUUUUAUUCGGUUUAAUUCGAUCUUUUCCACCCGAUUCCGGAUCCUUUGAAAAUCUCUUGAUGGGGCCUGAUUUUCAAUCAUGUGAUCGGUUUGGAGCAGCUCUACUUUUUGCAUGUUAAGAAAACAUUUUAUUCCACUGUGAGGAAUGUUAUUCAAGGAUGUGUGGCUGUGCUGUGAUCGUUAAAGAAGGUUUUACUUAUGUGACUCCAGACAGAUGAGUGUGAAGACAUGAAAAAUCAUUGCAGAUUGUUCACUUGCUUAUCUCCAUUCUGCGUGUUUUGUUCUGUUUCUCUCCAGAACCGAAACAUUUUGUGUUGUUUUCCACUUCACUAAUUGGCAUCAGUUUCAUCUUUAGUAAAAUCCUGUCUAAUGGUUGGGUUCAUGGUCUUAACUGGUUAGUAGAAGUGAAAGUGGUGAUUUUAUAAGAGACCAAUAAAUAGCAGAAUGUUCAAGAGGAACCCUGCGGGUGAAAUGAAGCCUUGUGUUUGCAGCACACUGAGAUUUAUAAAAAAAAGAGGUGAAUUCAUCUCGGUUUUCUGUAUUUGGUUCAUUGUUGGGUGAACUUUAUUCGUUCUGAAGUUCAUCCAUCCAUCCAUCGUCUGAACCUGCUUGGUCCACGUAGGGUUCAUUCUGAAGUCAAACCAGGUUAAUAAAUGAGAUCAGCCGAUUCUUCCUCUAUGGGCCUCUGCCUCUCAGGAAGUCAGAACUCGGGCCUGGAGCCGGGGUUUGCAGGACAUCUAGACUGGUUCUAGUUCAAAUAAAAUUGUUUUGGUUUUUAGGCUCAAAUUUUGUGAUUUUUUUUUUUUAUUUUUGCUAAUGACUCCUUGGGAAGAUCAUUGAUUGUAAAUUACUCUGCUGUGAUCUUAUUUGUACAUAAAGAAAAUACAUUUGUCACGAAAGAGCUCAAAGUUCUUAGAUAAGCUUUUAAUGUAAAUGUUUUGUGUUUUUUUAACUGUACUUUUUACAUGAGGUUGUAAAUAAUUAGCACUUUAGAUUGUGUUUAAUAAGACUAGUGAAAUGUUUGAUGUACUUGGAAAAAUAGGCAUUGUUUUAAAAUGUUCAAGAGCUAGUUAUUUUUUAAUGGGCAACGUUGUUUUAAGAAGAAUUUGCAGACUUUUUUGGAAAAUGAAUGAAACUAGAUCAAGUUCAGUUGUUUUAACUGCUGGAAAAUCCAACCCAACAGAAAUCUGUAAUCGCCACACCUUCGUCUGGUAAUGAUUUAUUGUUUUUUGAUCUUCAGCAGUCAAGUAGCACUUCAGACGCUGUGGUGUUGCACUUUUAUUUUAUUAUUUUUAUAUGUGCAAAUUGAACUGGUUUAUUCACUCAAGAUUAUUUUUACUUGGAUUUCUGUGAAUUUUAUAAAGAUACAUGAAAAUAAAAGUUGGUUUAAAAAGAA